UAUAAUGCUACAGUAAUAAAAAUAAAAUGAAUUGAAAUAAACGAUCCAUAAAAAGAAAACCUUCUUCCUGUUCUCUACUCUCUAAUCCCUCUGAUUCCGAAGAAGAGAAUCAAGGAAUCGUUACUUAGCUUGCUUACAGUUGCAAGUUAAGUAAGUUGAAUUCCAAAUACUUUACACGCAAUUCCCUUUCUUCUCCGAUUCACGUAAUUGCUUCUCCUCUUCCCAAACAACCUAGGGUUCCAUCCAAUUAUGAACUGUGAAGUUUGCCAGCUCAAGGAACUGGAACUCGAGCACUUUGAGAUACGCGAAGUUUUGCGAUGCAUAUUGCACACGAUCAUUUUUCAUCGUGCUUUGGGUCUUGUGCGUCCAAAAGAUGUAGACUUGGAACUUUUUGACGUUACUUAUGUGCAAUGUGGAGAGGUGGAGGUUGAAAAGAAAAUAGAAGAGAAAAUUGAGCAGUUUGUUUGUUGGGUGGAGAAGCAUCCAAAUAAAAAGAGUCAGAUAUGUUUAUCUUUCUAUGAGGUUAAAAACAAACAGGCAUCUUGGUUCAGUAACAAGAUUGAACGCUUGUAUUGGGAGCAAUGGUAUAUUAAUCUGAAUGUAGCCCAGCAUCUGAAAUCGCAUUCUAGCAAGUCUCAUCAUUCUAAAGUUGUUGAUCCAGGAGAAGGAGCGUUGGAGGAUAGAAAUGCUCGAAGUGCAGCACUUGAAGUAUCGCUUCGUGAGGUUUUAUUUCAAAUAAUUAAAUUCGUCAAUGAGAAAAAGGAUCAUGUUCCACCAAUACCAAAUUUUGAGGGCGCUAUUUCAUUUCCCUAUGAAAUUACAAUACCCAGUUCAUCGGAUUCUGCAUUUGGGAUGGACAUGAUCAAGAGAAUGCUCCAGACUGGGCAUCCAACAAUGCUAAGUUGAUUUUAGAGAUUAUAGAGCAGUUUAUGAAAUUAUUUGGAUUCUUGUUCAUAUAUUGAAGCUGGAAAUCUGGUGCUAAAGAAAGCUGCUAGGGAAGUCAAGGUUCAAUCUUUCUGUAAAUAAAGAAUCAAUAAGAGCUAAAUUAGUCGUUUGUCUUUUCAAAUACCUCCUCAUUUCUAAAUCUCACUUUUGGUAAUAUUGUAUUUAUUUCAUUCAUCUUCUCUCCAGAGCUCUGAGUUCUGUAGAAGUAUGUCCAGUGUCAUGUGAAGUGAUUUAGAUCACAUAGUGAAGAUUGUGUCAAAUGAUGAGGCUGGCAACUAUAUUGAAAGAUGAAUACUUCUUUCUUUAUUUUCCAGUUCAGUGGUUCUGGCAGCUGUUAAUCAUUUACUUUAAUGUAUAUAUAUUUAUUUGCUUGAGUUUGUGAACCCUAAUUGCAUAAUUCUAAGCAAUUUCUUCAUGAA